GAGACCACGAAUUUGGGAGCUCCAGCUUACGCUGUUAAGUCUGCUGCUAAGUCAUCUUCAUCUGCCAACACUGAGGGCACUACCACACUUGCUGCUGCUUACACUGUUAGAACCACUGGUUCGUCUCAGGGUACAACUACUCUUGAGAGUGCCUCCACUGUAAGCACAACCAAUCUUGGUGCUCCAGCUUACGCUGUUAAGUCUGCUGCGAAGUCAUCUUCAUCUGUCAACACUGAAGCAACCACUUCUACUAAGGCUACAACCAACUUGGGUUCACCAGCAUAUGCUGUUAGAUCUGCUGCGAAGUCAUCCUCAUCUGCCAACACUGAGGGCACCACUACUCUUGCUGCUGCAUACACUGUGAAGACAACCUCCGCAACUGCAGCAACUUCCACUACCAGCACUGAGCCAGAACUUGUGGGUGUUUUCUCCUCCGGAACACUUAAGUGGAGUUUCGUUAUUCCAGGCUACCUUGGUCCAUGGGAAUCUGUUGAAUUAAACUUGGAAGUUGCUGAAGCUGGUUCCUUUGAAUACACUGAAGCCACUGCUUACCUCAAUGGAGAGGAACUCACAGAUGCUAACAUCGAGAUCACCUCUAGUACAAUCACAUUUAUCUAUGGUUCUUCUAUUGGUGAAUCCGACUCAUUAGAGAUUAAGUAUUCUGCCAGAAUUGUUACUGGUGCUUCUUGGACUUCUAACGCACACUUGUCUAUCACUUCCGAUUCUAAGUUGAUGAAGAGAGAGACACUCACAUGGGAUUUGUCAUCCACCAUCAAGGUUUCUGACUCAGAAUCUUCAGCUGAAGUUGUCGAAGCUGGAAGCACAGAAGUUGCAACUAAGACUGUCGAUCCUGAGACUUCAACUGCUGCUGUAACUGUCCAAGAGACUACUACUCUUGCAGCUGAUGAGACCACUAAGGUCGUUGCUACUGAUGCUGAGACCACUACUCUUGCAGCCGAUGAAACUACUGAGACCACUGCUACUCAGACUGAAGCCACAGAGGAGACCACUGUAACUGAAUCCUCAGAGGAAACAACAGCAACUGGAUCCACUGAGGAGACCACUGCUGAGUCUACUGCUGAGUCUACUGAAGAGGCCACUGCUGAGUCUACUGCUGAGUCCACUGAAGAGGCCACUGCUGAGUCCACUGCUGAGUCCGUUGAGGAUUCUACUGCUGAGUCUACUACUGAGUCUACUACUGAGGCCACAUCCACUGAAGCCACAUCUACAGUUCCAGAGGUUUCGGCCAUUGAAGGUGGUGUUGGUAAGGUUUCUGUUCCAACAGUCUUCUGUUUGGUCUUCGGUUUGUUGUUGAUUUGA